GCCAGCCAUUAUUCGCCUGUUCCUCUGCCUGUGCUCCACAAUGCCGCAGGUCCUGAGGCGCUGGCACUGGCACCGGCACUGACCCUGGCACUGGCAUUGGCGUGAGGAGUCAUGGCCCCACAAAGAUUGCUAAGCUUGGUGAAUUCCCGUUUUUUGUGCUCCAACGACACCGACGUCAGAGAAACCGACUCGGAAGGCACUCCACCACGAAUCUGCGAGAGGAGAAGCCAACGCAAGCAAACAAUCCCUUCACCCCACACGAUCCCGACUCAAACCUCUCAGAGAUGCCUCCAAGCGGACAGGUUAUGCCGGUAGUGGGUUUUUAUGGGCCACAGGCAGGAGCCGGACACCGCGGGCCUACAUUAGGAGGUUUUGUGCAUACAGGUAAAAGAGUGAAGCCUGAGACCUACAAUUCUGGACAGUCGAAGGGCGGCCAAGGAGGACAGCAGGGUGGCUCUGGACAACAGGGAAGCACGGGAGGCCGGUAGCUGGCGGCUCAGGCGAACGCAUAUGGAGGAAACUGCGACUCAUACGCUUGAAGUUUGGUUUCCAUCGCUCGUUGAAUCUACACUAUGUCAAUUUCGGGAUCAGCGGUCUGCACAUAUCGGCGAAAUGAGGCGUAAAUACGGUGCAUUAUUAGAUGCCUUGUGCUCGGACUGUUCUCUAGAGGUUCUUGGAGCUCACGCGUGUGAUGGUUUAAUAGAUUAGGGCUAGAUUGAAGCACGAAUGGAUUUAAAUCGGAUAGCUGCAUCUUUCAAAAGCCUUCCAAUGAGAAAUCAUGACAGCCGUGAUUCGACAAUUCAUGAUCUU